GCUCACUUUUUGAGUGGGAACGUCUCUGCCGUGUGCCAUGCUGCUCAAUGCCCUGCGCAGGAAGACGCAGACGAACGGCUCGUCGCAACCGUCAAGCGGUGGCGCGUCCAGCGGCGCCAAGAAGCAGCGCUCCAUCCACGAUUUUUUCUCGCAGUCGUCGGCCGACCACAAGCGCGUUGGCAAACUGCGCAAGGCUCGCCGGUCUCUGGAGGCAUCAGCCAAGGGCAACAGCUUCAGCUCCGCAGCCAUGGAGGACGGCGAGGAAGAGUCUGUACCCGUACAAAAGCGUAUUGACUACGAUGUGAUGGACGACGAGAGUAGCGAGGAACCGAUGCUCCUUGCCUCGCAGAACAGCGACAGCGGGACGCGUAGGCCCAGACCCAAGAAAAUCGACUUUACGGGCUGCUCCAGCCAGCGCAGCGAGCCGGACUUUGAGCCCGCACACACGCCUGUGCGCUUCGGUUUGCCACCCACCAGUCAGGGCUACUACACGCCCGGAAUGGCCACUCCCAUGCAACAGUACAGCCAGGACGACAUGGACUUCCUCACUCCUCGUGAUCAACCCGUUAUUCCGCUGUCGAACCCGACAACACCGUCACCGUUGAAGAAGAGACCGAGACUUAAUAGCGGAGCAGACAUAAUUCAAGAGGAACAGGUGCAGAAUCUUACCCAGGACAUGACACACAUGGAAGUGAGGCAUGCACGGAAGGGCUUGCCAUCUUUUUCCAGUCAAUCGUCAAUGGAUACGGGAUCUCCGAAAGUCAAUGUGGUGGUAAAUGCCAAGAGAGCGAGACCCAACAGUGAGCAAGCUGCGUCGUUCUUGUCCGAGGAGAGUUAUGUGAACCCGUUUGCACCGGAGCCGACGACGGAGUCUGGAAAGAAGAAGAUCUCUAGACGUAAACGACGAUCUUUUCCGUCGGCAUGGGUCGCAGCGAAGAAUGGAUCGCCGGUGUCCAAGUAUCUGUCGGAUUUCUCGGAACUGGGGUUGAUCGGCUCAGGGUCUUUUUCUAAAGUAUACAAGUGCAUCAAGAAGAUUGACGGCUGGGUAUACGCCGUCAAGAAGAGCAAGCGGCACUUCCGUGGCAAGGCAGACACUGAGCGAGCACUACGGGAAGUGCAAGCACUAGCAGCUCUGAGCAGUAGCAAUCACGUUGUUCGGUAUUUCGACGCUUGGAUAGAAGACGAUUUACUCUACAUCCAGCUCGAAAACCUGGAGGGCUGCUCGUUGGCUGGCUUUGUCAACAAGUAUGCACCUCACAAGGUUCCAGAAGAAACGCUGUGCAAGCUUCUGUGUCAUCUAGCGCAGGCUCUUUACGACAUGCACAGCAAGAAAAUGGUUCACAUGGAUGUCAAGCUGCAAAAUGUUCUGGUUGGACCAGGGGAGGUGUACAAGUUGGGCGACUUGGGAACUGUCGCUCAUCUUGACGGCAGCAUGGAGAUCACAGAGGGCGAUAACCGAUAUCUUAGUCGGUAAGCACCAUAUCGCGUGCAUUUACAUGCACGAUGCUAAGCAAGCUAACUGAACUGGGUGUGUCAAAGGGAACUGCUCGAAGGCAAUAGGAAUAAUUUACGCGCCGGCGAUAUCUUCGCUCUGGGAGCCACGAUCUAUGAACUCGCGCUUGGAACGACGCUGGCAAGUGGCGGCGAAGAAUGGCAGAAGAUCCGCGAUGGAGACCUCGUCAUGUUCCGACAAUACUCCAACUCGCUACAGCACCUGAUUGCCAGUAUGAUGCAUCCGGACGCGCUGCAGCGGCCUCUCGCCGAAGAUAUUUUGCAGCAUGAGGUGGUGCUGCCCUUCCGUUAGUUAAUCAAGUCUUGAAGUAAAAAAAAAAAAUCUCUGCAUCUCGGUCGGUAAACUACACUGCAUGGCAACAAAAUAAAGUACAUUUGCACAUUUGAUAA